ACAGGAGAAAUACAGUGCAGUUUCCAGAAGCAAUGACAAGGCACCUGCAAGGGCAGUAGGUUCUAGAAAUCUGCCCCCCUUAUCGCUGCAGCUGUUAGAACUAGCCACACGUGACAUUGCGCUUCACAAAAACCGCUGGGGGCCUUAGCGCCUACAGGGAUUGUCGGUGUUAGCGCUUGGGGUUUGAGGACUCUCCCCAGCUGAUCCUGCUAUCCCCACAACUGUUAAAGGACGCUCUUCAGUGCAGUUAAUCUCCGCCGAGCGCUGGAGCGGUGCUACAGUUUGCAUGGUAUUUGGUGCUCCCCCGGAGUGGCUUGUAUUGAUUGGCUGAGCAGGCUGAGGCGCUUACCCGUGACUAUCGCAGCCUGUGACUACCUCGCUAGUGAAGGGUCUCCGUCUCACUGUCCGGUAGUACCAGCAAUGGCAGCCAAUAAGGUCGGCAAAAGAUUCCCAAAUAAGCCUCAUUCCCCAUCCAAGACUAGAGACUCCAAUCAAGGCAUCCAGAGGCGACAGGCGCGGGUUACUGUCAAGUAUGAUCGCAAAGAGUUGCAGAAGCGGCUGGAUGUGGAGAAGUGGAUAGACGAGCAGAUGGAGGAGCUGUACCUAGGGAGGGAAGUAGAUAUGCCAGAUGAGGUCAACAUUGAUGAUCUGUUGGACUUGGAGACGGAUGAAGACAGAAGACAGAGCUUGCAGGUCAUCUUGAAGUCUUGCACUAACAACACAGAGGCGUUCAUUCGGGAGCUUCUCUUAAGGCUGAAGGGACUGCAGAAGCAAACUCUAAUUAAAAAGAAUGGACUGGAGGUUUCCAGUGAGGAGCACAUUGUGGAACAUGCGUAACCCACCAUAUCCCUCAAAGCUCUGUAAGCGGUUUAUUACCAGAGAACAAGGACCGUCUACAACGCUAAGGAAAGGAAUGAAUGAAGAGUUGCAGAGACUUCAGACACUAAAGAUGGACAAUUUUUGAUGUCUUUCUUUCUGAUGACAUUUCUAACAUGAGAAUUUACAAGACAAUUUUGUGUUUCAAUAGAAGUUUUUUGUGUGCCCAAUUAUUAUAACUCUUUUCACAGAUUGUGUUGCCCACAUUCAUCUUUAUUUGAAUGCCUAACACUCAUGAAUAGAGUUCCUAAACAUACUAUUAAUUACAAUUCACCCCUGUUUUGCCUGUUGUAAAGUUAUGUUCAGUACUAUAUUUUUAAAUCAGAACUUGGAUUUUACUUUGGAGGAAGAUCAGCUGGUGUGGUGAGACCCAACCCUGUCUGGGCAUUGUGGAUGGCCCCUGUAUUGCCUAUGUGAGGGGAGUCAUGUCCUGUAUUGCAAAGUAUAGGGAAUCCUGUAAUGUACAUAGACAACACCAGACCCUGCCUUUUUAAAGUCUAUGUGGAGCCUGUACCUUGUAUGAUGUACAGUUUGGGGGGAAAUUAGGCCCUUCGUUUGGCUGUUUCUGGAGAAGCCAUGAUGAACCAAACCAGGAGAAAUACAAGUAGGUGCCCUUAUGCAAGAAAAAGCUGGUUUAUUUACUCAUUUCUUACAUUGUGUUUAGUUUGACACUUAAAGCCAGGUAGCUGGUCACAAAUCACGUGAAAUGCUAUAGAGUUGUCUCCCAUCUGCUCAGCACUCAGCACACUUUUUUUUUUCAUUUCUUUGAAUUAGUAUUAGCUAUACACAGAAUCCAUAAAUUGGGCAUUCAUCAGAAUACCAGUUCCUUAUCCAAAUAUUUGACCAAAUACCUACACACAUUUUCAUGUUUGAGGAAAAAAAACAGAAAAUGCAUUAAUUGAAAAAGUGUCAGUUCCUUAGUGUUUUAAAGUCAAAUGAUUUUCUGGUUUGCAUUGAGUCCGCUAAACUCUAAUGAUUUGUUCGAAUCCUGGUUAAAAAAAAAAGUGCUGCAAUUUGUCUAAAUUCUGAACUUGAACUGAAUAGUGGAUUCAGUGUGUUCCUAAUUAGAAAAUAUACUAAUCUUUGACUAUUAACUAAAGUGGCAUAAAGGCACAGACACACAUACACAUAUAUAUUUACAGAAAUUGGGUCAGUUUGUAAUACACAAAUCAAGCAGCUGGCUUACUCACACUGUAAUAGCUUUAAAUACCGUUAUUCAUAUCCAUACACUGUUAUAUAUUAAAUAUGCAUAUUGUAUAUAUUUAUAUGGACAGGCCAUGUAGCUUCUGUAAUGCUCUAUACACUACAGGUUGCGUUGGAUACAACGGCCAUGCCACUUAAGGAAGGUCACUUAAUAGUUUAACAAGUUAGUCUUAUGUUUUGGUUUUAAUAAAUUGUUUCUCUU